GUUGCAGGACAGUGAGACAAGAAUGGCGAUGAACAGUGAGAGCGAGAGUGAGAGCUAUCCCAAGUUGCGGGCGUUGAUGGCGACGGCCGACGAGGCGACGCUGCAGCGGAUGAUGGCAAGCAAGAGCAGGGCGGUCAACCGCGCUGUCGAUGCAGGCUUUGACCCGCGGGUGGUGCAUCUGGAGGCCCAGCUUGAGCUCAUCGACGCCGAGCUGCAGAAGCGGCGGGCCGAGCACGAGCGUGCGUCGCCGCCGGCGGAGCGGACUCUCUAUCCGACCCGGCGGGUGAAGAUGCAGUGCACUGUCGAGCCGUUUAUGGCACGCAUCCAGCGCGCCUGCCCGUUCCGGCUGGAGCGAAUGGCGCAGGGGCUCAAGCUCAAGCUUGGCAACGCUACCGACCGCGGAAAUGCCUCGCAGGCGGCGGCGUUGGCGAGCCGGCUGGAGAUGGUCAAGACCGAGCUGGCGAGCCGUCGUCGCGAGGCGGGCGACGGCUCGCUCGCUGCGCGAGGCAAGCAGCGGCGAAUUCAGCGGCUCCACAUCAAGAUCGAAAAGCGCCCGGCUAGCACCGAGGGACACAAGGCCCCGCUCCGCAUCCAGCUAGCGGGCCUCAACAAGCUUCCAUUCUUCCGGAUGCACCGCAUCGUGCGAGAGGUGCCGACGCCCGAGGAGACACCCAAGCUCUGCGGCGAGGAACUCACGACUGCCGUAGCCGCGCGAGUUGCCGCCGACGAGAACGUGCCUUGCGUUUGGGCGGAGCAGCUCCUGAUCGAGCGGGCCGAGGCCGCGCGGGAGCUGGAAAAGGUCCGGAAAAGGCUCACUGCCGCGCAGGACAAGCUCGCCGCCGCGCAGAGUCAGACCAAGCCAAAGCCGCGCGCAACGUCAAAGCCGGGCCGACGGCUGCCGCGGCGACUGUUUGAUGCGCCGCUGAUGAUGUGGGCCGGGCCAGACCGGACGUUGGUGUGAACGCACGCGCAAGACGCGGCUGGCCGGUUAAAGAUCCAGAUGGUG